AUGGUCGACUACGCCCUGAUUCUCGAAGAUUAUAACGAUGAAGACUACGCACUCUAUAAGGGCUCCUGCAGCGACGGUACUCCUGGUAAGAGACGGCGGUUCGGGGACCGUGUCGCGGAAACACUGCGCCGCAAGGGCGGCGCCAGCAUCAACCAAACGCGUAUAGAUCACGUACGCUAUACACCUUUUGCCGUCAGCAUCGAGACGAAGCGCGCCGCCGGGGAGGACGAGGCUCACGUACAGCUGGCGGUGUGGGUAUAG